UCCCUCAGGUUUUAUACUCUCUCUCUAUCUCUUUCGCAGAGAGCAUAAUCGUCGUCGGUCGUCCUCAAAACUCGACACCCUCUAAUUAAUCAAACGCAGAAACACACACAAAUUACACGCCUCUCUUUUUCUUUCACCAUAUAUAUCUAUAUUGCCGAUUUGUUCUCUUUCUCUCUAGACUAGAUUCACGAAUGCUCCUCUUCCUCUUCCUCUUCCUCUUCCUCUUCCUUCCUUCGUUUCUCUCUCUAACCCUAAUGCUGUCCUAGCACGCAAAAUCCCUUUCACAUCUCUCUCUCUCUCUCCGUAGUCUCUGCAUUUUUCAAUUUGGAAAGCCCUAGGAUAGGGAAAAAUUUGCAUUGAGUUCGUUGGAUUCAAUUAUGUCUUCGACGAAGAGCUCAGGCCGGUUCUUCACGAUCGGUCUGGUGGGCUCUUGGUACUCCUCAAACAUUGGGGUAUUAUUGCUGAACAAGUACUUGCUAAGCAACUAUGGAUUCAAGUACCCGAUCUUCCUCACAAUGUGUCACAUGACGGCUUGUUCUCUGCUCAGCUACGUCGCAAUUGCGUGGAUGAAGAUGGUGCCAAUGCAGACUAUUCGAUCCAGAGUCCAAUUCAUCAAGAUCUCUUGCCUCAGUAUGGUCUUUUGUGCCUCUGUUGUUAGCGGAAACAUUUCUCUUCGAUAUUUGCCUGUCUCUUUCAAUCAGGCCAUUGGCGCUACGACGCCGUUUUUCACAGCCGUGUUUGCCUAUUUGAUGACGUUGAAGAGGGAGGCUUGGCUUACUUAUAUCACUCUCAUUCCUGUUGUUACUGGUGUCGUCAUCGCUAGCGGGGGUGAGCCAAGUUUCCAUCUUUUUGGGUUUAUAAUGUGUGUUGGUGCUACGGCUGCAAGGGCACUUAAAACAGUGCUUCAAGGGAUUUUGCUUUCUUCUGAAGGGGAAAAGUUGAAUUCUAUGAACCUCCUCAUGUACAUGGCUCCAAUAGCUGUUGUACUUCUACUUCCUGCAACACUCUACAUGGAGGAAGAUGUAGUUGGUAUUACCCUGUCCCUUGCAAGAGAUGAUAUUAGGAUCAUAUGGUAUUUGCUAUUCAAUUCUGCCUUGGCGUAUUUUGUGAAUCUGACCAAUUUUUUGGUCACAAAGCACACAAGUGCUCUGACUCUACAGGUACUGGGAAAUGCAAAAGGGGCCGUGGCAGUGGUUGUCUCGAUUUUAAUAUUUAGAAAUCCCGUCUCCAUUACUGGGAUGCUUGGCUACUCACUCACAGUCACUGGAGUGAUCCUAUACAGUGAAGCCAAAAAGCAUAGCAAGUGAAAGAUUAUCAGCCAGUGAAAUCAUCAUUGGUUGCAAAUUCCAUCGGUUCUCUUUUUCAUACACGAGGACAAGAUCAACCUUCUUGGAGACAAGUUUAGAUGCUAUACACAGUUGGUGUCAUGGAAUAUAUGUCCUCUAAAUUUAAUUUUUUUUUUGGAUUGGGUAACAACCACACAUUAGUAAGUGUAGAAAAGUUUUUAAUAAUAAAAUGAUUGAUUUGUCCCUGUUAUUCCCGGCUUGGGGGUAUGGAGGAAGAUCUUUUGAUUUAUUUUUCUUUUAAGUUUUUGUAUUCUUUUAUAGCUUUUAUUCUGAUAGGAAAGGACCGUAGAAGGGGACCUGCAUAGUGUGUUGACAUUUGCUUAUAUUGGUUAAAAGUAAUGGAAGAUUCAAUUUGACCA